AUGGCUCAGAAAUUAAUUGGUCCAGCCAUGCAAUUGCAAGCUGAGUUGCGAUGGAUGUUGCGUGUGAAAAAUGUAGUACCACCUAAUUACACCAUGCACCGCAACAACAAGGAUCAAACAGCGGAGGAGCUGUUCAACGAGGAGCACAAUGAGCUUCUGAAGUCAGCACAGGAAUGGAUAAAAGACACAGCUCAGUCGUGCUCAACCGUUGCAGUGCUCGUCGCCGGUGUGGUCUUUGCAGCAGCUUAUGUCAUUCCUGGUGAUGCAUUUAAAGUACCAAAAGACUCUCCUUUCUUCUGGAUCUUCACCUGCAUGGACCUGGCGGCCAUCUCCUGCUCAUUGUCUUCGGUGGCACUAAAUUUCCCACCCCUUUUUCUUGCCCUUCCGCCGCUUUGCCAAGAGAAAAUCAAUGUGAUAAGACCAAGGCAAACUGAAUCACAGAGCCAGCAUGAAGCGUUAUAUGAUUUGUACAAUUUUAAUGUGUCUUCAAUCUUCCCUGACUACUAG